CACGACUGCGCCAACGUCCAGCACUACGUCGUGUUACGCAGUACAGACGUAAUGCGAGAUGGUGACAGCAGUGCAUGUCUUGGAAAUGUCCGCGCAGCCAUAGGGCGGUUCUAGAAAACAGGGAUUCCGCCGUAGACUUAGCCCAUGUAUAAUGACCUCGCCCAAGUUUGGUACAUGGCCCGACCGUUGAGCACGACGCCUCCUUUGCCAUUGGCAGUUCCCUAAUCCUUCCACUCACGUUCUCUUGUUGCUUUCACUUUUCUUCUUUUCUCAGCCAUGGCGGCAAAUAGCAGCAUGCGUAGGAAUACUGUUGUCGCGCCACCGAGCCUUCACCCGCGCACGUCGUCGCAUUCCACUCAAACACCCGAACCCUCGCCCACAGACUCGAUGCCCGCGCAAUUGGGCUCUAAUAUGCCUUCCAUCUCCACCACAAAGCCGAAUGGCGCUCCGGCAUUGCUCAGGAAGCAGUCGUCGCCUAUGAUGCCUCCUUUCAUGGUUUCCGCACCAGGCAAGGUCAUCGUCUACGGAGAACACGCGGUAGUACAUGGCAAGGCUGCUAUCGCCGCCGCCAUAUCGCUCCGAUCCUAUCUCCACGUCUCGUUUCUCUCCAAAUCGAAUCGGACCGUUAAGCUGCGCUUCCCCGACAUACAGAUGGAGCAUACCUGGAACAUCGACGACCUGCCCUGGGACAGCUUCUCUAAAUCAGGCAAGAAGAAGUACUACUACGACCUCGUCACGUCUCUGGAUCCCGACCUUAUGGCCGCCAUACAACCCUUUAUCGAUGAAGUCUCGCCAAAAGCCCCCGAGUCGAUACGCAAGAUCCACCAUGCCUCUGCAUGUUCUUUCCUAUACCUCUUCCUUUCUCUCGCAUCCCGCAAAGUGCCCCCGUGUGUUUAUACUUUACGAUCUACAAUUCCCAUUGGUGCAGGCCUGGGCAGCAGCGCCAGUAUAUCCGUCUGUUUGAGUACGGCAAUGCUUCUGCAGAUACGUGCACUCAGCGGACCCCAUCAGGAUCAGCCGCCACAAGAAUGCGAGCUCAACAUUGAGCGCAUAAACCGAUGGGCGUUCGUCGGCGAGAUGUGCAUACACGGAAAUCCCUCAGGCGUCGACAAUACCGUCUCCUCAGGUGGUAAAGCAGUCUUGUUCCAGCGAAGGGAUUACGACAAGCCACCUCUAGUCAUACCGCUGCAUAGCUUUCCUGAGCUUCCACUGCUGCUUGUCAACACACGACAAUCUCGCAGCACGGCCACCGAAGUCGCCAAGGUCGCCAACCUACGCAACGUGCACCCCGCCCUCACAGAGAACAUCCUCAAUGCCAUCGGCUUAGUGACCGAAUCUGCACACAAACUACUCACAUCACCAGACUUCGACGCAACCUCCCCCGACGCACUCAAACACCUCGGCGAACUCGUCACGAUAAACCAUGGUCUACUCGUCUCAUUAGGCGUCUCACAUCCCAAACUCGAGCGUAUCCGCGAAAUCAUCGACCACACUGGUAUCGGGUGGACAAAGCUCACAGGCGCGGGAGGCGGAGGAUGCGCCAUUACUAUCCUCAAGCCCCAGCCCCCAGCGCUGACCAACGGCCACGCAAAUGGUCUACACCACGAUAUCUCAUCUGACGAAUCUGACACGUCUGAUGAAGCGGAUAUCGACUGUGGCGCAUCCAUAAUAUCUAAUGGUACAAAGCUGAAAUACAAGAUUCUUGACUCCCUCGAGGUAAAGCUGGAGAAUGAAGGCUUUGAGAAGUUUGAAACGACGCUUGCUGGUGACGGCGUGGGUGUGCUUUGGCCUGCAGUACUACACAAUGGCAAUGAAGAGGAAGGUGGGGAGGAGAUUGACCAAGAAAAGUUUCUUCGGGCUGAGGGCACUAUCGGCAUUGAAAGACUGGUCGGAGUGUCGAGUUCGAGACGGAAGGGUGUUCGAGAAGUCAGAGAAGGGUGGAAAUUCUGGAGGCCCUGGGAGGUUCCUGAGCGGUAAAUCUGGAUCUCUUCUCUUAAUCAACCUUUUUGCUGAUGAUGUGUUGUGGCAACGUUCAAGCAGGUCUUAGGUUUCGUCUUCUGUUCAUACUUCCUUGUUUGUUUUGCUGCAUGUGGGGGAUCUAUUAUGUUUUAAGCCUCCUGGAGGCGUGAAAGGAAGGGUUAUAGGAUUAAUGUCUUGCACAUAUGAGAUGGCUAAUACGAUCCGGCUGCAAGGUGCCUGCGGUUGAACUACGAUACGCCACAGCUCGGUUUAACAAUAAAAGACUUGCAACAUAGUGAGAAAG